GCCGGGUAGCGUUUCUUUCCAGUGCCUGAGGCGGCUCUGGUCCCGAGAGCCUUUCGUCAGCUCCACGGGCACCUCUGUGCACGGAUGGACCCGCCCGGACCCGGCGGGAAGCGGCCUGGCAGGCGGCGGCCCCGGCAGCACCAGCAGAGGCAGGGCAGGGCCGAGGCCGCGGGCCCCUGAGGUGUGCGUGUCCGGCGGGCCCGGCGAGACCAUGAUGCCGGGCGAGACCCACUCGGCGGCGCCCGGGACGGCGGCGGACCUCGCGCGGUGCCAGGGCUGCGCCUCGCUGCAGCAGAAUUUAAAUGAAUAUGUUGAAGCAUUAAUUACCUUGAAACAAAAAAUUAUCAAUACUGACAAUUUGCUGACAGAAUACCAGAAGAAAUGUGAUGAGCUGCAGUUUGCAAGAAGAGAGAAUAGCACUCUACAUCACCAAGUUGAACAGAUGCUUCAAAAAAUUUCUCCUCUACAGAAAUGUCAGGAAGAAUUGGGAUCUUUAAAAGCAGAGUUAGAAGAAAAAAAGAGUUCUCUAAAGUUGUAUCAAGAUACUCACCAGGAAUACGCUCGAGUAAAGGAAGCAUGCUUGAAAAGUGAUGCACAAAAGAAGAAACUGGAAGCUAAGGUGAAGAAGCUGGAAGAGGCUGCUGUCAGGCAAACUCAGGACUUCAAGCAACUGAGAAAUGAAAAGAAAAUACUUGAAAAGGAAUUCAAGAAGACACAGGAAAGGCUUGACGAGUUUUCUAAACAGAAAAGUGGAAAGGAAUUGAGACAUAUUGGAACACAAAUUUCAAGUGACUCAUACGGAAGCAUAGACAGAAGGAAAGUGAAACUGCUGCUGAAGGAACUCUGGCUCUGUGUGAACUCAGCACACAGACUGCCUGGCGAAGGCAACAGAUGUGUGACAGAAAAACCUGCCAAAGAUGACACCAGAUCCCGAGCAUCUGGGGAAGAUGACAUGCUACCUCCAGCACAGGGCAGCCCGCCUAGGCCCUCAGAUGUGCAGACCUGCCUCGCAAAGCUGUCCACGGAGGUGCAGGCUGGCUUUGCUGCCUUGCAAAGUGUGGACAGAGAACAGCCCGAUGGAGUGAGCCGCUGUGCCAGCAGAGUUGUUUUUAAUGAGGACAGAAAUCCUGAGCUUUUAUCAUGGAGUCCUGCUGACUGGGACAGGACUGAUUUUGCUUACCGUGGUAAUUUUUUGGACAAAGAUCUUCAGGCUGCAAUGGACUUCUUCAAACUUCCCCCACCUCUUCUAUCUCCAGUGCCCUCACCCCCUCGGAUGUCCUCACCGCACUUGGACUCCUUACCUUCUUCCCUUACCCCUGAAACCUACUUUGGAGAAUACACAGAUUCCAGCGACAAUGACUCCACUUAUCCUAGAAAUUCUUCUGACUCUGUUUCUGAAGAUGAUGUCACUGAUUCACGGGAUUAUUUUGGUUUAUCCAGAAAAAAUAAAGCAAGUGGUGCAUGGGAAGAAAAACCCAGGUUACAAGAAACUAUACCAGCUCUAAAUAAGUUGGAAGUGAAUAAGGCGACAGCAGGUGGGCUAGUGAUGUUCUCAGAGGCGCUGAGAGAGCCUUCAGGCACAUCUGCUGUGGCUUGGGAAAAGCUCCGGAUGGCGUCAUCUCGACUGCAGAGUGAUAGAACAAAAGAUGUGUUGGGUGAGGUAGGGAGACCAGAGGGAGUCAGAGAGAGAGCUGAAUCCCUGCAAGCUGACAGGACAUGCCCCACACCUGGUAGGAGUCUGUGGAGUGAGAGCUUGUGCAGCAGUCUGGGGCAGGAGAAGGACGAAGCCACUGGGCAGUCUCUCCUUUGCAGGAGGCCACAGAAUGAACUCGAAUCUGAAAGUGUAUCCUUGCCAUCUAGAAUAAUAGGUUCCCACACAGCAGAAUUUACCGAGUGGGCACAUACUGAUCAAAUCACUUUGGAGGCAGAAUGUGUAACCGGAUCUGGCCCUGAACAGAGAUUAUCUAGAGAAGUGGAAAUGGACAUGGAGGAUAUGCAGGGGUCCACUUCAGAAGACUCGCCUGAACCAGAGGAUGACAGCGAUGACACAGGUGGUGCAAUGGGUCCAGAAGGGCUCAGUGUUAGAGCUGGGUUUUCUUCCAUUUCUACCUCAGUACCAGUGUCUGUUUGCAGUAAUCCUCAGUCUUCACAGUUAGAGCAUGUUAGUGAGGCAGAUACUCCAACUAAAGUAAUCUCUCCUGAACUGCACCAUUUGGAACAAAAAUUACAGACUCAAUCUUUAAAAACACUACUGCAAGCUGAGCCACGAGAACAUUCUGUGCAGGAAAGUGACCCGGAGAGCAAUGCUUUGAGUCCUAUAUCACGAGCACCUACUUUGAAUGACCAGAAGAUCAGGGAGACAGAAUGUACAAAAGUUGUAGAAGAUUUGACUAAAAUAUACUCCUUUCCUCAGUCAGUGUUCAGGAAGGUGACAAAAGAUGGACAUUGUGAAAUUCAGGAUCCAAGAAUAGAGCUCACACUACAGAAGUCAGAUUUGACUUCAUUAACAGAUUCACAGGCAAGCUUGAUCAAGAGCAGCUCUGGUUUUGUGAACAGCACUUCGUGGCAGCAUAGUGAUUUAUUAAGGAGAAGUGGAGAGAGCCCAAGAGCAGCCUCGGAGCAUGGACAAAAGGGCAACCAUCACUUUGAAGUGGCAGCACCAACUCUGCAGAGCAGAGGGUCAGCAGCUGUGCCUCAGGUUUCUGGAGAAAGCAGCAGUCCUGUGGAAUUCAAGGCUGCCACUUCGUUGCUGCCCAAUCAGGUAUCCGUCAUCACAAAGCAGGCAAGACCCCAGAAGACUCAGAGUGCUCCCUCAGAACACUUGUCACUAAGCAGGAAGGAGCCAAACGUAGCCGUCGAAAACCGUGAUGACGGAAGCCAGGAGACAGGAUCUGCAGCAGAACUUGGUGGGGAAGGGAAGGAUACAACUGGAAACAUCAAGGAAGUGGCCACCCAGAAAAGCAAUGUGCUGGAAGCUUCUUCCUCUUGGAGAAAAGAUUUUGAUCCUCUGAGUGGUUCUUUACCAGCAGGACAUUUGGAUUUUUCUGUGGAUGGUAAAGUACCUCUCUCUUCUGAAGACAUGCUUCCCAGCAACCAGAAGGAUUCAAGGGACACUGCCUUGCAGGAUGAGGCCCAGGCACCGAAUCUGUCUCCUCCCCUCUUGGGCCUGGACCCCUGCAGGGUGGAGGGGCUCUCAGCUGAACUGGCAGUGACGGGAGACUGCCCUGUGGAGGAAGCACUCUGCAGAGACACUGGCACACUGAGCUCUGAGAUCCUGGCUUGUGCUUGCAGUUCCACCAGCACGAUACAGGACACUCGGGAGCCUUCCAAGGUGACAUCUGGAACGCCUGGUGCUGCUUUCCCAGAACGCUUUGUCACCACCGGCAUCACUUUCUCAUCACCAUUAUGCAGCAAAACUGAGAUUCAGGAUCUUUCCCAAAGCAGUCUCCUGGAUUCCUCCUUGUGUUGUGCAAGGAUUCGGGAGGCCAGGGAGGACAGCGAGGUAGAGGGGAGCGAGAGCUUGUUCAGCUGCAGUGAGAGUGAGCUGGAGGCUGACGGGGUGGGCAGGGGAUCACAGGGCACAGUGGGUGAUGUCCCAAAGGCUUUGAGGGACACUGAGGCUGGGGAACCUGAGACGGGAGCUUCCCUAGAGCUGGUUGACUUGACCUCAGCACUGCAGGAGUUUAACCUUAGUCCUUCUCCUGACAUAGACACGCUUUCCACAACAGGGGUCCUCAUGUUUCUUGAGAGUUGUCAGUUAAGGGACUAUAGCUCAGGAGACUCUGUUUGUGAAUGUUCUACUAAGGGAACCCAAAGGAAAGACGUGGACAAAAAGUUAAAGCCCAGUGGACUCUCAGGAGAAAGGUGUGACAAGCAGCCCUGUGAAGAAGAGACACCUGCAAGCCCCACAGAGUGGAUCAAAGCUGAGGAGGAGAACUGUUCUUUGAAAGCACCCAGUCCCCUUGCUCAGUGCUCCUUGGAAGUGCAGUCUGAGGUUCUCGCCAGAAUUGGACGAGAACUUGAAACAAGCUGUGAGGACUGCAGUGGUAACAAUACUGGUAAUGCCUUGCUCUUAAAUAUGUAUAGCAGCCUGACAGUGGAAGAUUUGAAAGAAAAAGUUCCACCUCAGAAAGUGACCUCCCAUGGCCUGGAGCUGCCCCUGCCAGCCUCUGCCCUAGAUGGGAGAGGCAGCUGCCCUGCAAGGAGUGGAUCUCAUGCUGAGCAUGUUGAGAACACACCCGAGGACAGUCCUGAGGCCACCUGGCUAGCCACCCACAAGAAGGGCCCAUUAGAACCUGCAGCUCCAGAGGUCAGGACCAUGCAGAGCACUGGCUGUGAGGCCAAUGGAGCCUUUCGGUGUCAGAUGCACGCUGCAGUCUCAGAAGUCAUGAACAGCCUGAUAACUGAGGCACAGACUGAGGUCAUGGAGGAGGGGUACAGCUGGAUGGACGCCAGUAGUGUCACAGUGUCCCCAGACAUGGAGCAGGUCACACUGUGUAAGACUCCUGGAGAUGUCACUGUUUCCCAAGGUCAGGGAGGGCUGGAGGCUGCUUUUGUUUCCCUUGCACCUUUAGAGAGGUCUCCAGAGACCAGUUUCCCUGGCCCUGCCUUGCAGGAGCCUCUGUGUGGCAGUGUCUCAGGUGGCUCGGAGGAUGUCUCCAGCAGCGGGCAGAACUCCAACUUUGAUAAGAGCCGUUUGCGGAACAGACCUGUCAAGCCUAGUAUCUGGAUCAGAUCUCAAAUAUACGAUCAGACUUUUGAGACUCUGAACGUCACCUCUGAUCACACAUACUAUAACUCGAAACUAGAACCAUCUGGGAAAAAUAAGAGUCGACCAAAGAUUCCCAGCAAAGAUCAGCCCAACAAACCAGCAAAAGCUUUAGUGCCCGGCAGAGGUGAAACUCGUCAGAGUGAAGUUGCCCAGCCAGGUUCUGGGGACAAAAGUACCACAAAGACUCCCCGAGGGCAGUUGCAACCCAUUCUGGCAAAGGCUGACACAUCCACUCCCACAGACUGUCCUCUGGACACGCUGAGCAAGAUCCGGCAGGAGGUGGGGCCGCCUCUGCCGCCCUUGCUUGCACCCCUUGUAGCCACACCUCCGCGGACCUCACAGCCCCUCUCACCUCUGCUGUCCCUGCCCAGCCCGAGUCCCCCAUCCUCUCCUGCGGACCUGAUGUCUCCCUCCUGUGAGGUCGCAGCGCCGCCUGUGUUGUCUCCUUGGCCGGAAGACCCUGGGUUAGCCUCACCGCCAGGGCCUUCUCCGUCUCCCUCCACUGCCACUGCAGGGGCUGCAGGGAGGAUUGUAACCUCUCCUUUGCAGUUUUGUGCAGCCACACCAAAGCAUGCGCUUCCUGUGCCAGGCAGGUUGCCACCCUGUGCACCUGCCCAUACCACGGCUGUGGGCGGCCCUCAGGAGAACUCUGUGAAAAUCCUCGAUACCAUGUACCCAGAGUUAUCUGCUAGGGCUCGGACCCUCAACCUCCUCAAAGGGAAUCUCCAGCUGUCUCGAAGUUCGUCUGCAGAUGGGAAGACUUUACCAGGGCCUGUGAGUGCACUGAUAGGGUUGAAGGCAAUCACUUCCUCAAAAACUGCUUUUGUCAAAACGGGAGGCAACUCUGGUGGUGACAGUAACCAGGACAGGGCAAGAGAUUUGAGGACUCAGCAGGACUUGGGGGUGAAGAGAACAUUAUCAGCUUCAACUCUGAGGAGUGCAAAGAGGUUGCGCCUGGACAGCGAGUCCCCAGAACCAGAAAUCACAGGGACUGCUGCCAGGCUCAGCCCCAAGAAGACCCCAGGCAACUCCACUCAGCCUGAAGUAGAGCCCACAGAGCAGGAAGGCAGCGCGGCCACAGCAACCUGUCCUGUGUCCCAGAUCGCUGUAAGUCCAAAAGAAACAGUGGAGUCACAUGAUAAAGCCAUAGCUCACGCACUGAAGAAGAUUGCCGAGUCUUCCUUUGAUCUGUUGCCUGUCAUUCGUAGUCACGUGUAUGUGGGAAAUAUCUCCAAAAAGCCUGUCAUGAGAGACCAAGAGAAGGAAGUUGUUUAUGAAUUUAGCACAACAAAGAAGCAUUUAGCAGAGUGCUUGCUUCGCUCCAUUCUCUCAGAACUAAAGACUCAGAAGGUGUCCGUGGAGCACAAUUACACACAUGCCCUCUGUAGAGUGUAUGUGGGUAUUUGUCGGCAGCUGGGAGACUUGGCAAGAGCUCGCUUGUUUUGCUACAGCCUCCUGAAGGAAGAUUUUCCAGAGUCUGAGAAAUUGACUUUGUUUAUUGCAAACAUGUGGCACGAUGUGUUUGGCUCUCAGUCGGUGAUCAGUAAAGCAAUGCAACUAGUUGCCAGGCAGCGUGCCAAAGGGGAGGUUCUGAGCUGUUUGAAAGCUUUUCUCAGCUGGGAAAAGAAUGCUCCUGUAGAUGUUGGCAUCAUGGUUUCUAAGCUGCUUUUGACCAUACAGUUAUGUCCAAAAACAGAAUUUCAGCCCAGUGAGAAAUUCGGAGAAGACCUGAGUGAUAGCACUUGGGAAUACAUCUUUGCCAUCGAUCUGCUCUGCUCCCAUCAGAAGUGGGUUUGGACGCACGAUAACAUUAUAAGUAAGGAGCUGUGGCCUGUAAUGGAUAAGUGGAUAAAAUACAGGAAAGGACAUGCGAACAUUGCAUACACUCCUGAUGUGAUCGUCGCGUCCAUUCUGAGACUGAUUGGUCGCCUGGGCCAGUUGGGUUUAAAGGAAGGAUUUCCAACUACUGUGAAAAAUAUCAGUUCAGUUAUUGGUAUGUUCAUACAGCAUGCGCAGGAUGAAGAUAUCCCGUGGGGCAUCCAGCUAGCAGCAGUGUAUGCUCUGUGUGAUUUGAGUCCCAGCAACCCAGAGGAGAUCCUGAAAAUCCUGGAGGCCUGGCGGAAAGAGACCUCCCACUGCAUCCCCUCUGCCAUCGUCAGCUGCCUGGAGGAGGUUGGCACCCUGAGGACCGCAGACCUCAGCUGAGCACGAGCCGAGGCAGCGAGACAAGUGCCUUGACACAUUCUGACACCAGUGGACUAGCCUGCUUCCAGAACAGAGGAGACGUGAGCCGGGCCUCUCCUCCCUGCUCCGUCGGGCUGGAGACGGGAACAAGCAGAUGCCAGACGCGCUUCUCCCAGCGGAAGUGCUCCUUUCACUUCUGGCUCUUGUGAUCAUGUGACAUGUGGAUGUAUUAUUCUGUCUUGGUCAAAUGAAACUUGAACUUAGCCCUUUUUUUGCUGCAGAAAGUGUCCUUUUAGUGGCUUUUUAAAACUGAGUGGCAUUUUGUAAUGAACUUAACAAUAUGAGAACACGAUUUGGUUCCUGAGCUAUUUUUAGAUGUUAUGUUCAAAUGAGUAUCUAGGAAACAGCAAAUUGGCUACAAGGAGCAGUCUUCCACUCUGUUAGUUGGAAGUGGGCUACAAAAGCUUUUCUCAAGAUUAGCGCAUAAUCUACCAGAGUAAAACACUGAGAGCCAUUAGCAGAAACUCAUUUAAUGCUUCUUCUUCAUAUCACUAAAGUUCCUUAAAAAUAUUGAACUAUCUGUCAGGAACGGAGAGCAAGGCCGCAGACGCUCUUUUGUGGCUUGGUGACCAGCAGCCUGUCUCCCGAGCCACUGGGGGGCGCAGGCGGGCGCUGCGUGCCGUGUACAUAGGGUCGUGCUAUGAUGUGUCUCACAUUGGAUGAUAUUCCACUUUCGGAAUUUUAGUACUUGUACAUAGACAUGGGUUUAAUAACUCACCGUGAUUCUGAUUUGUCUUAUAUUCAUCAUUUCUUAAACUCUUGUAUGUGUUUUUAUAAUAAAAAAAGUAAGCCAUGCACA